AUGGCUGAAACCCCUGAACAACAGCUUGAGAGACUGAGAUCUCUUGAACAACUUUCGCAACGUAUGGGUUUAGUGUUACAAAACCAAAUAGGGAAUAAUGGUGGAGAGGACUCACAAGCUGCUAUGGCAAAGAAGUUAGCAACCCUCAAACCUCCAAUCUUUGUAGGAAAGGAAGAUCCCUUACUUUUAGAGAACUGGCUAAGAGACUUUGAUAAGUUAUUCACUGCUACUGGGACACCUGAAGCUCAAAAAGUAGACCAAGCUACCUUUUAUUUGAGGGAGGAUGCAGACACUUGGUGGGAGAGUCAAGGACCUAUUGUUAGAGCUCAAGAAAACUUUAAUUGGAAUGCUUUUAAGGUUGCUAUUAAGGAUAGGUUUUUCCCUGAACAUAUUAGGAGGCAGAAAUACAAUGAGUUCACUAGAUUUAACCAGGGAGGUACUAUGUCUGUGCAAGCGUAUGCCCAAAAGUUCAAUGAGUUAGCUAGAUUUUGCCCUAAUGUUGUGCCAGAUGAGAGAGCCAAGGCUCAGAAGUUUGAGGAUGGGUUAGCAUUUAGAAUUCAGACCAGGCUUGGGGGAGCAACUUCUGCAACUUUUCAGGAGUCUUAUGCUAGGGCUUCUAAUAUUGAGAGGAUUUUGAGGCGUGAAGAGGAAGUUAUGGGGAGGAAUAAGAGAAAAGACGACCCACCUAACAACCAAAAUGACCAUAGAAAUGACAAGAAACCUAGAUAUGGGGGUAACGAUAGUAAUGGGGGCAAUGAUCAUAAUAAUGGUGGUGGUAAUUAUCUAGGGAACCGUAGCAAUUACCAAAGUCAUGAGAGAUCAGACCAGCAAGAAUCCCGUACCCAAAAUCCUACUUGUAGGAAGUGUAACAAAAGCCACCCAGGAUUUACUUGUCAAGGAGACUCAAUAACUUGGUAUGCUUGUGGAGAGAAAGGACAUAAGGCUAAUCAGUGUCCCAAGCAUCAUAAUAAUAGACAAAAUGGGAACAAUGGGGGGAAUAAGAAUGGUCAUGGACCUAAUCAGAACCAGAAUAACAACAACCGCCCCUAUAACAAUAACAACUCCCAAGGUCAGGCUUCGAAUGCUCAAGGAGGGAAUAAUACUCAACAUAAUGGGCGUCUCGUUCUUUCAUAG